AUGAGGAUCCACAGCCUCACCUUGCUGUCUUUCCUCCUUCUGGCCACUCAGGUAUUCUUGGUGGGGGGAAAAAAGGAAGUAAAGAAUAGAGGUGGCAGCAAAGCCACCACAGAUAAAACACAGAUGUUGGGCAAGCCCGGGAAUGAGCAGAAAAGCCAGCCACCGAAGCACCUGGCCAAAGGCAAGUUUGUCACCCAAGACCAGGCCGACUGCAGAUGGGUGGUGACUGAGAAAGAGGAGGGCGUUGUCCUGAAGGUCGAUUGCACCCGACAGGAUAACAAGUUUUCCUGUUCCUUUACGGGCAAUCCAACCUCAUGCCUAGAGUCAACCAAAAAGGGUGCCUAUUGGAAACAAAUUGGCCGGAGUCUGCGCACUCAGAAAGCCAUCUGUGGGGACUCCAAGAGCAUCCUGAAGACCAGGGUUUGCAGAAAGAAGUUCCCAGGAUCCAAUCUCAAGUUGGUGACCUCUACUCUAAUUGGAAAGAAACCCAGCCAGGAGACAAUGGAGCCCUCUCCCAGGGAGCAGAACAUGACCAAUGAGGCCUCCCUCGUGAAGCCUAACAAGAUCAAAGAGAAUACCCUCGCUGGCCCAGCAGAGUCCCCCAUCAAUCCCGAGUGUCUGGAGGACCCAGAUGCAGUGAACAAGAAUAAAGCAGCCCUGGAAUACUGUGGGGAGUCCUGGAGCUCUUUCUGCAAAUUCUUCUUCACCAUGGUGCAGAGUGAAUCAUGCUAA